AUGGCGGCAGCGCUUGAUCAACCCAUGCUUGAAUCUGUCUCGGGCCCGCCGGCGCCUGAUGGAGCUUCCAUCACUCCGCCGCAGAGCGCCAACGGCAAGAAAGAGGUCCCCGAUGGGGUUCCCUCGGAGCUGUCGGAUCUGGAGCUGGAUCCCAAUGCUGCGACCGCUCCGGAGGUCCCUUCGGUAGAGAUGGAGGAGGAGAAGGAAAUCGAGCCGGACCAUUAUUAUGGCGGUGGUAAGAUUCCGGUGUUCAAGCCGACCAUGGAUCAGUUUCGGGACUUCCAGUAUUUCAUCAACAAGGUCGAAAAGUACGGCAUGAAGUCCGGAAUCAUCAAAGUGAUUCCUCCAAAGGAGUGGUCCGAUUCCCUCCCGCCCCUCGAUGAAGCGUACAAGAAGAGUUUGAAACGUGGACCCGGACGCCCUCCCAAGCGAUCCAACCAGGUGAAGGUGAAGGAGGAGCCACCCGCCGAAGAGAGUCUGGACAAGGUCAAACUGGAAGGACCGCCCACUCCCGUGUCGCCCGAAUCGAACCCCGUGGAGGCCAAGACCGAAGAGCUCAGCGACGGCGAGUCGCUUCCCGCUCCGAAGCCGAAGGGUCGGCAGCCCAAGUCUGUGUCGGCGCGCCGGAAGAAUAACAAGGGCGACAUGGCCGACACCAUCGAUGAGGAGGCCUUCAAGGACUUUGACUAUCGGAUCCAUGACCACGAAGAAUAUACACAGGAACGAUGCGAGGAGCUCGAAACGGCCUAUUGGAAGUCUUUGAUGUUCAACAACCCUAUGUACGGUGCCGAUAUGCCAGGCUCGCUUUUUGAUGACAACACCACCUCGUGGAACGUGGCCAAACUGCCCAAUCUACUGGACGUCUUGGGACAGAAAGUCCCGGGCGUGAACACAGCCUAUCUGUAUUUGGGCAUGUGGAAGGCCACCUUUGCCUGGCACUUGGAAGACGUGGAUCUUUACAGCAUCAACUAUAUCCAUUUCGGUGCGCCGAAACAGUGGUACAGUAUCUCGCAGGAAGAUGCCCCACGCUUUGAACAGGCCAUGAAGAGCAUCUGGACCAGCGAUGCCAAGAACUGCGAUCAGUUCCUGCGUCACAAGACCUACCUGGUCUCUCCGAGCCUCCUCAAGUCUCAAUACGGCAUCACCGUCAACAGGCUGGUGCACUACGAGGGCGAGUUUGUCAUCACAUACCCUUAUGGAUACCACUCCGGGUACAACAUUGGGUACAAUUGUGCCGAGUCGGUCAAUUUUGCGACUGAGAAGUGGCUAGAGUAUGGCCGCGUGGCGAAGAAAUGUCACUGCGAGGCGGAUAGCGUUUGGAUCGACGUCGAUGAGAUUGAACGCAAGCUGCGAGGAGAAUCGACGCCCGAGUACUACGGCGAAUAUGAGAGCGACCUCGACGAAAUGGAGGGCGCCUCGGACCUUCUGACGCCGCCGCGCAGCGUUCCCGAAAAGUCCACCCGUGGCCGCAAACGAAAACAUGACGGCGACACGACCAGGGCCAAGCGCAUGCGGGUCAUGGACGUUCCGCGCAAGAUCCCCUGCGUCCUGUGUCCCAACAACCUCGAUUACGAGGAUCUUCUCCCCACUGAGGAUGGAAAGCAUCAUGCCCAUCGCCGAUGCGCCUUGUAUACGGAAGAAACGAGUAUCCUGCGCGAUGAAUCGGGCAAGGAAGUGGUGUGCGAUGUGGACAAGAUCCCCAAGGCCCGCAUGGGGUUGAAGUGUCUUUUCUGCCGGGAGGUGCGCGGGGCCUGCUUCCAGUGCAACUUUGGCAAAUGCACCCGAUCAUACCAUGCGACGUGCGCCCUGCUGGCUGGAGUGCAGGUGGAGCAUGGGCAGGUGGCUGUGAUUGCAGACGAUGGCAACCAGUACUCGGUGCCGAGUGUGGAUCUCAAGUGCAAAUACCAUCGCCAGAAGAAGCCGACCUGGAUGACGAGCACGGAGUCGCCCGACCAGGACCGCAAGCUGAUUGAGACUGCGCGCCGGCUGGUGAUGGGCGAUCUGGUGCAGUUCCAGGCCGACCGGGAGAUCAAUGGCGCGGUGGUGUUGGACAAUCGGCCGGCGGAACGGACGAUGCUGGUGAAGGUGCUGCCUCGGGGGUAA